GUAAACAACAGGCUCACAUGUUUUGCUAAUGUGUCUGCAGAUGUUUUCUACUAGUGAAGUUAGCUAGUAAACAAUCUUUAUUUCAUGUUUCUCCGUUUUUAUGUUGCAGAUAAUUAAAGUCUUGUUCUUGUAAGGGACAGGAUGAGCAAUAUUUACAUUCAAGAACCACCAACGAAUGGAAAGGUCUUGCUGAAGACCACAGCAGGUGACAUUGACAUUGAGUUGUGGUCCAAGGAAGCUCCAAAAGCAUGUAGGAACUUUGUGCAGCUAUGCAUGGAAGGUUACUAUAAUGGCACGAUAUUCCAUCGAGUGGUGCGCGAUUUCAUCGUUCAGGGAGGAGAUCCCACUGGCACGGGGGCAGGUGGCGAGUCCAUCUACGGUGGGCCGUUCAAGGAUGAAUUUCACUCCAGAUUGCGGUUCAAUCGGAGAGGUUUGGUUGCCAUGGCAAAUGCUGGGCCAAAUGAUAAUGGCAGUCAGUUUUUCUUCACAUUGGGGCGUGCGGAUGAGCUCAACAAUAAACACACCAUAUUUGGAAAAGUGACAGGAGACACAAUUUUUAAUAUGCUCAGACUAGCUGAGGUUUAUUGUGAUGAUCAGGAAAGACCAAGGAAUCCCCACAAGAUAAGAAUGACUGAGGUGCUUCAUUGUCCUUUUGAUGACAUUGUGCCUCGUGAAACAAAGAAAGGCAAAAAGGAAAAAUCGAAAGAAGAGGAAAAGAAAUCACAGUCAAAAGCCACAAAGAACUUCAGCCUUUUAUCAUUUGGAGAAGAAGCUGAAGAAGAAGAGGAGAUUAUGAAUCAAGUCAGCCAGACAAUGAAGGGAAAAAGCAAAAGCAGCCAUGACCUUCUGAAAGACGAUGCCAGGCUGAGCUCUGUUCCAGCAGUUGACAAGAAAAAUAAGAAGGAACCAUCUGGAGAUGCUGCAGAGAUGGAUGAUGACAGUAUUAAAGAUGGAAUAGAUGCAGGUGAAGACUCUGAUCCAGAUAAGAAAGAAAAGAUGAGACAACUCAUCAGUGGUAAACUCAAGAAAGACAAAGUCCCAGAGAAGAAAACUGAGGCCAGUGAGGAGGAACGAGAAAAAAAGUCCAGCCGCAGUGAUGAAUUACGUAAAGAAGUACGACAGUUGAAGAAGGAGCUACAGGCCAUAAAACAAAGGAAAGAAGAAAGUUUGAAACCUGCUGUUGAUGACGUAACAGAAGGAGAAAAAAAGCCCAUCAGCACGGCUGUGGAAGAGUACCUGGAGGGACGAAAGAAGUAUGAAGAGGUCAGAAAACAAAAACUGAAGAAGGGCACAAGCAGAGAGCAACAGACGUUAGCUCUACUCGAUCGUUUCAAAUCCAAAUUGUCGACAGCUAUCACGGAUACACCUGAAGAAGAAGAAGAGGUGGAGGAGUUGGCAGAGGAUGAUGACAAAGGAUGGAUGACCCAUGUUCUGCAGUUUGACGAGCAAACCAGAAAAGUCAAGGAUGCCAACAUGCAGGAUGAGGACACAUUUGAGAUCUAUGACCCACGCAACCCCGUCAACAAACGAAGGCGUGAGGAGAGCAAGAAGAUCAUGAAGGAGAAGAAGGCCAGGAGGUGAGGGCAGAAGGUCAAAGGUCACCUUGUGCCCACAAGUAUGAGUGAAGUAUUGGUAACGAGACACUCAGUAUUUUUCCUGUCCGCUUGUCCAGUGCAUCACAUUAAUCUUAUGGAUAUAAUCGUGGUUAUCAUGUUCAUAUAAAUGUAUGUAAUCUGUUAACUUUAAAAAAAAAAUCAAUUUAUGCCUUUUGUUUCAGUGUGGAUGUUUAGUUCUUUAAAAUAAAUAAUAAAGGCUUCAAGUAUUCUA